GGAAGUGGCGUCGGAGGAAGACGCUUGCGUACGCGGAAGUGUCGUUCUCCGUGUGUGUUUUUCCUGCGAUGCGUUGUGUGUGAUUGGGAAUUUAUUGAUUUGGCUGUGAUGUCGGUGCUCUACAUGGAUAAAUUAAGUCGUAUUUAUGAGCGUUAUCAGGAGUAUGUGAGGUCGAACCCGGCAGCCGCGUCUCAUGUGGAGAGCGCAGUUCGCGCGCUGAGCUACCUGAUUGCAGGUCGCUUCUCAGACUCUCAUGAAAUCUCAGAGUUGGUCUACUCCGCAUCUAACCUUCUAGUGCUGCUGAACGAUGGUAUCUUGAGGAAGAAUCUCUCUCGGACAUUGCCUAUGACUCUCUCUCAACAGAGACUGUUAACUUGGUUGUCUGUACUGGAGUAUGUAGAGGUUUUCACUGAGAUGGGGGCUGCCAAGCUGUGGGGCGAAGCUGGACGCUGGCUAGUUAUUGUUCUUAUUCAGAUUGCCAAAGCGAUCCUGCGUUCUCUCUUGCUUUUCUGGUACAAAUCGGGCAUCCAGACGUCACCACCUAUAAUUCCUCUGGACAGGGAUGCCCAGCUCUGUAGUCAAGAGAACAAUGCAGAAGAAGAUGAUGAGGACACUUCUUUUGUGGGCCAGCGUUCAGGAAGAGUGGUGAGACCACUGGGAAGCGCACCAUCGUUACAGUCUCGUCUUUGGGGUCUCCCUCGGAAAAACACAAAAAAUAGGAAUAGAGAAGGGGAGCUUCACUCAAGCCCCACACCUCUGGGUCUGCAGGAAACCAUCGCAGAGUCCCUGUACAUCGCAAGACCACUUGUUCAUUUGGCCAGUCUUGGGAUUUGUGGAAAACGUUCCUGGAAACCUUGGAUCAUCUCUGGUCUCUUAGAGAUAACCAGUUUUGGUUUGUUGAGUGACUUCAAGAUGCUGAACCACAGAGAGAGGGCUGAGAUGAGGAGACGGGCCUUCCUUCUCCUCUACUACCUGCUCCGCUCCCCCUUCUAUGACCGAUACUCUGAGACAAAGAUCCUCUUCCUUCUUCACUUCUUGGCAGAUUAUGUUCCCGGAGUCGGUUUGGUUGCGCGUCCGCUGAUGGAGUACUUGCCCAUUUGGCAGAAGAUCUACUUUUAUAACUGGGGCUGACGUCAAAGUGAAUCUUUCACAGGUCAGCGCCGCCAAAAUGUUAGUAGAAUGAGAGGAAGCCAUUUAGAGGAUGCGACAGCGACACACAAGGACUCAAAUCACACCUGUGCCAGAACAUUACCACAUUUAUUGAGGAGUUUUGCAGUCAGGUAGUUACAGGUACACUGCUGGCGUAUGAGAAUAUAUAUCUGGAUAAUGAUUUUCUGAAUGCUGUUUUGUUUAUCUUUUAGCUUUCACAAUUUUAUGCAUCUGAGCCUUUUUCUUACACUUUUUUUUUUGCACUUAUAAACUCUCACCCACAAGCUCUCCUAUACCAUAAUCUAUUCCUCAGCACGAAUGCCUUCCUUUUAAUUUAGAUGUUUAUUUCCAAGGAGGAUAGUUUUAUUGAACACAAUAAUUGACUGGCUGAAAUGAAGUCAAUUAGACAGAUGUUUCUUGUUUUGUGAAGUUUUGUGCCAUAGAUGAGAUGAAGCUGAAUGUGAUGCUUUUAAUUGCAGCAUUAUGAGCGCGUUUUUUCACUGUGUGAAAUAAACUCAUUUGAGUCUCUGUUUUAAAACCCAUCGUUAAUUUGAUUGAAAGACCUGAAGCAAAAAUGAAAAUGCUGAUGUGAGAAAAAAAACAUGACUGUUUUGAAAUGCUGAAAGUGUGAAAUUGGAUAAUUGGUUUUGUAUAUAAUUCUAUGCAUUCAAUAAAUCUUUAAAUAA